ACCCGCCCACCGCUAGAGACGUGACGGGCUGCUGACUCUCGCCAUGUUGUUUGCCCUGGCGGCGGCGGAGAAGAGACGGAGGAGCAGCACCGUAGACUGCCGCGUUCUUCAGCCUGAGGCGGGAAACUUUAUGAGCAGCGUUCCCAGAACAGUUCCUGAGUGAUGUCAGACAGUGAAGCUGGAAGAACACCAUAUUGAAGACCAUAAAAUUAGUAUAGCUUUCACAAUGGCAUCAAAGUCUUCCUUACUGAAAGUAAUACUUUUGGGAGAUGGAGGUGUGGGAAAGAGUUCUCUGAUGAAUCGAUACGUUACCAACAAGUUUGACACUCAGCUGUUUCACACAAUAGGCGUUGAGUUCUUGAACAAGGAGCUUGAAGUGGACAAUCACAUGGUCACCAUGCAGAUCUGGGACACUGCAGGUCAGGAACGGUUCAGGAGCUUGAGGACCCCUUUUUACAGGGGAUCUGACUGUUGUCUACUAACAUUUAGUGUAGAUGACUUGCAGAGCUUUCAGAACUUAAACAACUGGAAGAAAGAAUUCAUCUACUAUGCAGAUGUCAAAGACCCAGACAGUUUUCCAUUUGUGGUUUUGGGAAACAAAGUUGACAUCAGUGAACGUCAAGUGUCCAUGGAAGAAGCUCAGGCUUGGUGCAGAGACAAUGGGAACCAUCCAUAUUUUGAGACGAGCGCAAAAGAUGCCAUCAAUGUGGCAGCAGCAUUUGAAGAAGCUGUCCGAAGGGUUUUGGCUAUUGAAGACAGAUCGGACCAACUGAUGCACAACGAUACAGUAAAUCUACAUAGAAAACCUAAGUCCAGCUCGUCAUGCUGUUGACACACAAUAGGUAUUGCGCCUGGUGGAGCCAUUCAUCCUGCAAGGCAUGCUCAAAAAGAAGCAAACCAGGGUAUCACACUGGAGUUUCAUUAAAAAGUCGAUUAAAAUCACUUUUCUGGAGAAGCCGUAGACCUAAUAAGAGCUAUCACUCAUGGUGGGAGGAAAUAUAUCACAGAUGCUAUGCCGCUUACUCCGAAUAAUAUGUGUAUUAAUGUAACUAACAAGUCUUAUUGUAAAUGCGCGAGACACGUCUCCUAAAGGUUACACCUCAUGUCCCCUAUUAUUUAUGUGCAGUCACAACCGUAGGUUAUAUUGGCAGCAUACCGUUCACAUGUCAUUUAGAAACUCCUCUGCCGUCUGUUUUCAGCUCUGUAUACUUACCUGCUGGACCCUUAUGUUUAACUUGCUGUUGGCGGAAAAGUCCACCAUUUGGUACUGUAACCUCCGUUUUGUAUAUUGGUGUCAUAGAGGUUAAUUUACUAACACCUUUUGAUAUGGUCUACUUAUAUCAGAAACCUGCACAAGUUACAUUAUCUGAACCUCUGUAAAGAGAUGGUUGUAGCCGUAAACUGCUGGGCAUGGGAGGUCUAUGUGUAUGGGUGUUAGUAUGCCAAGAAAGGACAAUGGGAGGCAGUUUCUGUGCGGUAUCUUGCAAGGUCCAGGAGGUUCUGUUCUAUGCUGCAGUUUGCCCUUUCGUUUAGCGACCUGUAAAGUUCUGCAGGCAGCAGUAUAGAUCUGAGCGCCCUGGAAUCAUGUUAGUAUGACUUAAGGCCCCUUUACACUACUCAGUUGAGUAGACCAGUGUUUUCCAACCAGUGUGCCUCCAGCUGUGUCAAAACUACAACUCCCAGCAUUCCCGCACAACCAAAGACUGUCCGGGCAUGUUGGGAGUUGUAGUUUUGCAACAGCUGGAGGCACACUGGUUGGGAAACACUGACUAUUGUCAGGAAUCGCCUGCUCAUCAGUAGAGGAGAAGGCUGCAUUUACAUGGAGCCUUUCCUCCCCAGUAUGAGGAGAAGCGAUCAUUAAUGCCAUUGCUUGUUCCCAUACAGAAUCAUUGGUUGUGGGCAGCAGAGCGCAGUUUAGACGAAACGAUGGCAAACAAUGAUUUAGGUGUCCGCAGAUGAACACACAGAACACUCAUUCAUUGGCAGCACAUUUACACCAGCAUUCUUAGGAACUCUUGCUUACUGAUACUCUGCCUGAACGUUGGGCAGUGUAAAGGGCACUUCAGUGGUAGGUGGCGGCUUUGAGACCUAACUACAUGCAAACCUUGUAUCCAAAAAAUCUACAAUGGAUACAUGUGAAUGGGGUUUCGAGAACCCGUCACGUGCUGCAGAAGGAAGCCAUGAUGAGGAUUUGAGAGCCUACUGAAAAGACUGAAGAUUUGCUGUGAUUGAUUCACCUAUUCCACAGUGGGAAAUAUCUGCUGCACAUAACCUAGUACAUUUUUGGUAAAACUGUACAGCUGGCCAUACUCUAGAGAUUCUUGGAUGGCUGAAAAGGCUGAUACAGACCAUUUUCGCACAACCACUGCACUUUUUCAGGACGAGCAUGAGUGACUUAUAUCUGUAACUGAUAUCUGUUCUUGUCAGGGCUGUAGUUGAAAAGUCAUUCAUGCCUAAUUGACAGAUCUGUAUCCCAUCAGUUGAAGGCCACAGAUCCCUGCAGAGAUCUGUUGGUUGGUUUUGUCAGAAUUAUUAUUAUUUUUUUUUUAAACUUCUGGCAUUAUCAUCCAAGACAACAACCUUCACAGACCAACCAUUAAAAAAAAAAACAGAUGCUUGAAAUCUCCAUGUAUGGCCAGCUUCAGGCUUUCAGUAGCACCAAUGAUUACCUCUUUGGUUAGACUUCACCUGGCCGUAUAAACAGUUGAUCAAUGUGAGGGGUGUAUAGUUUGCACCAACAGUGGAAUUAAAACUUGUAAAGCCCGGAAGUAGCUGUAGACUUAAAUCUUGAGAUCUGAGCCGAUGCGGUCAAAUACCACGCAGCCGUAUGAGCUUCAGUGUGCACUAAUUUAACUAAUUAGGACUGAACUGUUUUGUUAGUCUGUAUUGUUAAAGGGGUUGUCCGUGACUAAUACAGACCUCCCACCGUGGCUGACCCGCGGUGCUGAGCAAACUUACCGGGUCCGCUGUUGGGUUUGGUGUUUGACAUUCCUGGGCUGGAUCUUCCUCUCCCUGCAGCGCUGGAAACAACAUCUGUUGACAGGAGGCACGCAGGCAGCAGCAGUGACCUGCUCCCCUUGUGAGGGAGAGGAAGAUCUGGCCCAGGAGCGACAGACAACAAACCCCUCAUCAAAUCCGCAAUUGGAUGCAAUUGGGGAAAACCCAAUUUUUCCAGGACACUCGUACAUUAGUUUAAUAAUACAUAUCCCCACAGCUAUCCACCUGUGGGAACUAUUCCUCACAUAACCUGUUAAGGGUUCUUUGAGAAUGGAGAAAAACUGUAUGGAAAAAAUAAAAGUAGUUGCGGUAAUUAUUUUACGUCUAAGAAUUAACACCAAAACCUUGCUGCCUGGCUAUUUUCUGCUCUCCCAUAGAAAUGAAUGGAGUGCAGCCGUGCAUGCGCGGUAUGCCCUACUUCACCGCUGUAAAGACAGGUGUGGGUGCCAGAGGUGGUACCUGCACCUAUCAGACAUUGGGUGAUAUGUCCCCAAUGUAUGAGAUGAUACAACCCCGUUAAAUUGUAUUAAACCAAUUUUAAUUAGCUUGAGAAUCAUGGGAUAAUCUACCCUUUUAAAUUUGGUGUAGACGGAGUUAAUUUGAGGGCUUGUCCAGGCUGGUGCUUUGGUUGCCUCUAUCCAAACGUGUGUUCUAUAUUACAUGGGGAUAUGAUGUAAGCCCUGAAGUCAUUGAUUAUCUGGGGCUAAUCUAGGCAGGGGUGUCACUCUUUAUAAGUCAAGCUGCUGCGUGACCACCCAAGCCCUAUGUAUAAAGAAACUGAUAUAUGCUCUAUUUGCUAAUAAUUUGUCAGAACUACAAAAUAAAUGUAUAAACAGAACUAUAUUUUUACAGAAUCUACAUUCCAGUUUUAGUUCACAGAUGCAUCAUGUGGGGAAAUGUGUAAUUUAUAGAGCUUUAGUGUUUAGUUCAUACCCCAUGGUCAGAAGUAUGUAGACCUCCACAAGUCCUAUCCAUAUCCGCUUGUUAAGAAGCCAAUUCUAGCCCUUCAAAGUGUUUCGGGUACUGCCACACGUGGUGCACAUGCUGUGGAUUUACAUGCGGAAAAUCAACAUAUUUACAGUACCAGCAAUGAGAUUUCAGAAAAAAUGCUGUGUAACGGACCUUGCAUGGCAAGCUUUUACUCCCCACCAUGUCAUUUGUGCUGUGGGUUUUACAAUGCAGUGUGUAGGUUGAAAGCAGCAGAAGACCUGUUACGAUUGUGGCAGCCAUGCCACCGUGAAAACCAGCCUAUUUGAGACCGUUUUUCCAGCGGAUUUCAGCCAGUUACACCACAGAUUUUCCACUGCUGAAAAUCUGCAGCAGACCCGCCAAAUUUGUGGAUUUGAUAGACAGUCACAAGAGCAUUAUGGGGCAUUAAAGGGAAUCUGUCAGCAGUUUUAUGCUGCUAGGUCCCUAACGGCUCCAACACAUCCCGAUGAGUCCCCAUCUUCAUGAGCUUCUGGCUCUCUACGUCUCUUGCCACUGAUUGACACAUCUUUAAAUUAGCAGUAAGGGGUGAAGAAAAUCAAGAGCUCAUGUUCAAUUCAAGAUUUUAUCAAAAACGACUGGGUCAAUUAAAGAAAGUGACCCAGCAUUCUGGGAGGGGGAUUUAAAACUGGUGACCGAUUUUACUGACCCAGACUUCUCACCUACCUUGCGUGACCACUGCUCCAUUCAGAUGGGAUACUGGUCUUGUGAUUAUCCAUUUAUCAUCUAUUCUAUGCCUAGGUGAUGUUCAUGAGCCCUGGCUUAGCAGCGGGGAUUUCUUUUCCACACCAAAGUUUCAUUGCUGUUGUCAAAACGGCAUUAUCAUGUGAAAACAGUUUGUCAGGCUGUUCAUGCAGAAUUCAAAGGGAUUGGCUGAGAUCUCGGACACCUCCUACCAUUGCAUAAGAUAACUAUCAUAAACUUGCGCGUUUCUCCAGCACAGUUCUCUGUGCUGCUGGUCCGGUACUCCCACCGCAGUAGCAGUUAGCGGCUGAAUCCAGACACGUCACAGUACUGCAUGACUAGACUGUAGCACAUACUGGUUGGCUCUCAGUUUCCUGCCAUAUGUUUUGGCAAUGUUGCAGCAUGAACUACACCCCUAACAAGCAAGGCGCAGUGGAUUAUUAGUUUUGGCUAAAUUAAGGGUACUUUUACACUUGCAGCAGAGGAUUCCGGCUGGCAGUUCCGGACGCAAACGGAUGGCAUUUGUCAGACAGAUCCGGAUCUGUCUGACAAAUGCAUUGAAAUACCGGAUCCGUCUC